GCUAGGUGAUGUUGAUGAAUCUCUAGAAUUAGUAUGAUCACCAUUUUCCAAUGGCAAAGAAGAAGAGCUGGUUUGGCUGGGUGAAGCAGCUGUUUUCAUGUAAAGAAAAGCCAAGGAGAGCAAAGGAGUGGGGAUGGGAUUUGGGAAGGCUUCAACGUAAGCAAUGCCCUGCACUUAUGGGGUUGGAAAGGACACUGAGUGAGGUAGCAGAAGAGCAGAAGAAACAUGCUUUAAAUGUUGCCAUGGCAACAGCCGCCGCGGCUGAGGCUGCCGUUGCCGCUGCACAGGCAGCAGCCGAGGUUGUGCGGCUCACAGGUGCUUCGGAGUCUUGCCAACUUUUCAGAAAGUUGGACCCCAACUUGGCUGCCAUCAAGAUACAAAGUGCUUACCGGGGACACCUAGUGAGCGUCUCUUGA